AUGAUUUUUCAAUCUUUUCUACUAGGUAAUCUAGUAUCCUUAUGCAUGAAGCUAAUCAAUUCGGUCGUUGUGGUCGGACUCUAUUAUGGAUUUCUGACCACAUUCUCUAUAGGGCCCUCUUAUCUCUUCGUUCUCCGAGCUCAGGUUAUGGAAGAAGGAACCGAGAAGAAGGUAUCAGCAACAACUGGUUUUAUUACGGGACAGCUCAUGAUGUUCAUAUCGAUCUAUUAUGCGCCUCUGCAUCUAGCAUUGGAUAGACCUCAUACAAUAACUGUCCUAGCUCUACCAUAUCUUUUGUUUCAUUUCUUCUGGAACAAUCACAAACACUUUUUUGAUUAUGGAUCGACUACCAGAAAUUCAAUGCGUAAUUUCAGCAUUCAAUGUUUAUUCCUGAAUAAUCUCAUUUUUCAAUUAUUCAACCAUUUCAUUUUACCAAGUUCAAUGUUAGCCAGAUUAGUCAACAUUUAUAUGUUUCGAUGCAACAACAAGAUGUUAUUUGUAACAAGUAGUUUUGUUGGUUGGUUAAUUGGUCACAUUUUAUUCAUGAAAUGGCUUGGGUUGGUAUUAGUCUGGAUACGGCAAAAUCAUUCUAUUAGAUCGAAUAAGUACAUUCGAUCUAAUAAGUACCUUGUAUCAGAAUUGAUAAAUUCUAUGGCUCGGAUCUUUAGUAUUCUCUUAUUUAUUACCUGUGUCUACUAUUUAGGCAGAAUACCGUCACCCCUUUUUACUAAGAAACUGAAAGAAACCUCAAAAACGGAAGAAAGAGAUGUAGAAAUAGAAACAGCUUCCGAAAUGAAGGGGACUAAACAGGAACAAGAGGGAUCCACCGAAGAAGAUCCUUCUCCUUCCUUUUUUUCGGAAGAAAAGGCGGAUCCGAACAAAAUCGAUAAAACGGAAGAAAUCCGAGUGAAUGGAAAGGAAAAUGAAUUCCACUUUCGAUUUACAGAGACAGACUCUAAAAAUAGACCCGUUUCUGAAGAGUCUUAUCUAAUGAAUAUCAACGAGAAUCAGGAAAAUUCAAGAUUCAAAAUAAAUGAUUCAAAAACGGAAAAUAAAAAGCCUUUCUUCUUUGACAAACCUCUUAUAACUCUUCUUUUCGAUUCGAAGAAAUGGAAUCGACCAUUUCGCUACAUAAAAAAUAAUCACUUUGACAGAAUUGUCAGAAAUGAAAUGUCACAAUAUUUUUUUGACAUACGUCAAAGUGAUGGAAAAGAAAGAAUUUCUUUUACAUAUCCUCCUGGUUUAUCAAUUUUUUUUGAAAUGAUAAAAAGAAGGAUAUCUCCCCAUCUUUUCGAAAAAUCUUCAUGUAAUGAACUUUAUAAUCCUUGGGUUUAUACCAACAAAGAAAAGGGGAAAAGUUUUAACAACGAAUUUCAAAAUCGAAUUAAAGCUCUAGACAAAGAAUCUAUUUCUUUGAGUGUACUGGAAACAAGAACUCGAUUGUGUAAUGAGGAUUCUACAAAAGAAUACUUAUCAAAAGUAUAUGAUCCCUUCUUGAACGCAUCAUAUCGGAAAACAAUCUACAAAAAUCUUUCCCUUUCAACAUUAAAAAACACUUUCAUAGAAAAUAUCAUAGAUAAAUUUGAGAUAAAUCGCAUUCAUGGUAUACUUCUUCCAGAUGUCGACUAUCGAAAAUUUGAACCCCAAAAAAAUGGAUUUGAAAAAAAACCAUUAUCAACGGAAAUAGUUAAUUUUUUAACUUUCAUCAGUAAAUUUGUUAGAGAAUCAGGAUCUCCCAGUCUAAACCUGAAAGAUCCUUCUUUAUUUUCAGAAGGAAGAAUAGAUUCCGAAAAAGGAACAAAAAAUUUUAAAUAUUUUUUAACUCAAACUGAUUCGGAUGGUCGAAAAAUUAGCAGAAAAUCGAUUAGAAUAAAAGAAAUCAGUAAAGAAAUACCCCGAUGGUCAUACAAAUUAAUUACCGAUUUAGAACAACAAUCAGGAGAAUAUCAAGAAGACGUACCAAUAGAUCAUCAAAUUCGUUCAAGAAAGGGCAAACGUGUAGUAAUUUUUACUGUUAACAGGGAGAAUAGUGAUUCUAAUAUUACGGAUACUAAUAUGCCCGAUGAAAUCGACGAAGUGGCUUUGAUACGUUAUUCACAACAAUCAGACUUUCGGCGGAAUAUAAUCAAAGGUUCUAUGCGAGCUCAAAGACGUAAAAUAGUUAUUUCAGAAUUGUUUCAAGCAAAUGUGCAUUCCCUCCUUUUUUUUGAAAGACUACAAAAAUUCCCUCUUUUUUCUUUUGAUAUCUCCGGAUUGAUUAAACUUUUUUUUCGAAAUUGGGUGGGUAAGGGAGAAGCAUUCAAAACGGUAGAGUAUACAAAAGAACAAACAAAAAGAGAAGAAAAAAAAGCAAAGAACAAAAGAAAGGAAAAAGUUCGAAUAGAGAUAGCAGAGGCCUGGGAUAGCAUUCCACUUGCGCAAGUAAUAAGAGGUUGUAUGUUACUAACUCAAUCUAUUUUUAGAAAAAGUAUUCUAUUACCUUUAUUAAUAAUUACAAAAAAUAUUGGCCGUAUACUCCUAUUCGAACUUCCUGAAUGGGCUGAGGAUUUCCAGGAAUGGAAUAGAGAGGUACAUCUUAAAUGUACCUAUAAUGGGGUUCCAUUAUCCGAAACAGAAUUUCCAAAAAAUUGGUUGACAGAUGGUAUUCAGAUAAAAAUAUUGUUUCCGUUCUGUCUGAAACCUUGGCGCAAAUCCAAACUACGAUCCUCGCAGAAAGAUCUAAUGAAAAAGAAAAAAGAAAAAGAUGAUUUUUGUUUUUUAACAAUUUGGGGAAUGGAAGCAGAACUUCCUUUUGGUCCGCCCCGAAAACGUCCUUCUUUUUUUAAACCCAUUUUUAAGGAAUUCAAAAAACAAAUUGAAAAAUUAAAAAAGAAGUAUUUGCGAGUUCUAACAGUUUUCAAAGAAAAAACCAAAUUACUUCCAAAGGUUUCAAAAGAAAUCAAAAAAUGGGUUUUCGGAGGUAUUUUUUUUAUUAAAAAAAUAAUAAAAGAACUUUCAAAAGUAAAUCCAAUUCUAUUGUUUAGAUUAAGAGAAGUAUAUAAAUCGAACGAACUUAAAGAAGAAAAAGAUUCCACGAUAAGCAAUGAGAUAAUUCACGAAUCAUUUAGUCAAAUUGCAUCUCCGAGUUGGACAAAUUCUCCAUUGACAGAAAAAAAAACGAAAGAUGUCACUGAUAGAACAAGUACAAUCCGAAAUCAACUAGAAAAAAUCUCAAAAGAGAAAAAAAAAGUAACUCCAAGAAUAAAAAAUCUUAGUCCUAACAAAACAAAUUCUAAUGCUAAAAGAUUUGAAAAAUGGCAAAUAUUAAAAAGAAGAAAUGCUCGAUUAAUCUGUAAAUUACCCUCCCUUUUAAAAAUUUUCAUUGAAAAAAUCUAUACAGAUAUAUUUGUAUCUAUCAUUAAUAUUCCCAGAAUAAAUACAGAAUUUUUUCUUAAAUUAACAAAAAAAUUUAUUGAUAAAUUUAUUUACAAUAAUGAAAGAAAACAAGCAACAAUUAAUACAAAAAAGAAAACUCCAAUUUCGUUUAUUUCGGCUAUAAAAAAGCCACUUGAUAAGAUUCGAAAUAUUAAAGAAACUUCACGUAUUUUUUAUGACUUAUCCUACAUGUCACAAGCAUAUGUAUUUUACAAAUUAUCACAAAUAAAAAUUAGUAACUCGGUAAGAUCUGUUGUUCAAUAUCAAAAUCAAAGAAUACCCCCUUUUCUUAAGUCUAAAAUAAAGGAUUCUUUUGAAAGACAAGGAAUGGAUCAUUCGAAAUUAGCAAAUAAGAAACUUCCGCGCUAUGAAACUAAUAAAUGGAAAAACUGGUUAAAAGGGCAUUUUCAAUACCAUUUAUCUCAGAUCAGAUGGUCGAAAUUAAUACCAGAAAAAUGGCGAAAUAGAGUUCGCCAGCGUUGUAUAGCCAAAAAGGCAAAUUUUAGCAAGCAGCAUUCAUAUGAAAAAGACCUGUUAGUUGGUUCCAAAAAAAAAUCUGAAGUAUAUUUAUUAUCUACUGAAAAAGAUAAUUUUCGAAAAUACUAUAGAUAUAAUCUUUUAUCAUAUAAAUUUAUUAAUUAUGAAAAUAAACCGGAAUGCUUUUUUUAUAGACCUCCCUUUCAAGGAAAUAAGAAGCAAGAAAUUUCUUAUACUUAUAACAGGUCUAAAACAAACCUUUUUGAUAUACGGAGGAACAUCCCUAUUCCAAAUGAUCUAGGGCAGGUUGAUAUUCCAUAUAUGGAAAAACCAGCUGAUAGAAAAUAUUUUGCUUGGAAAAUUUUCAAUUUUUAUCUUAGACAAAAAGUCGAUAUUGAGGCCUGGAUCCUAAUUGAUACCAAUAGAUAUCAAAAUGCGCACAUUCGUACUAACAACUCUCAAAUAAUUUCUAAAAAAACUAUUUUAUAUCUUAUGAUUCCAGAAACCAAUUCACAAAAUUCCCACAAAGGGUUUUUUGAUUGGAUGGGAAUGAAUGAAAAAAGGCUAAAGGGUCCUAUAUCGGAUCUGGAGUUUUGGCUCUUCCCAGAAUUUGUGUUACUUUAUAAAGCAUAUAAAAUGAAACCUUGGUUUAUACCAAGCAAAUUACUUCUUUUAAAUUUAAAUAGCAGUAAAAAUAUAAAUAUUAAUGAAAAGAAAAAGAUAAAUUUGUUGAUAGCAUCGAAUAAAAAGCAUCGAAAUGAAGAAGAACCCAUAAGCCAAGGAGAUCGCGGAUCUGUUUUCUCACAACAAAAAGAUAUUGAAGAAAAUUAUGCAAGCUCGGACAUGAAAAAGGGGAAAAGAAAAAACCAAUACAAAAGCAAUACAGAAGCAGAACUCGAUUUCUUCCUGAAACAUUAUUUGCUUUUUCAAUUGAGAUGGGACGCAACUUUGAAUCAAAGAAUGAUCAAUAAUAUCAAGAUCUAUUGUCUCCUGCUUAGACUGAUAGAUCCAAGAAAAAUUACUAUAUCCUCCAUUCAAAAGAGAGAAAUGAGUUUGGAUAUAAUGUUGAUUCAAAAGAAUUUGACUCUCUCAGAGUUGAUGAAGAAAGGAGUAUUGAUUGUACAACCACUUCGUCUGUCUGGCAAAAAAGACGGACAAUUUAUUAUGUACCAAACCAUAGGUAUUUCGUUGCUUCAUAAGAGUAAGCAUCAAAUUAAUCAAAAAUAUCAAGAGCAAAGAUAUGUUUCUAAGAAAAAUUUGGAUGAAACUAUUUUACCACAUCAAAGAAUAACCGCAAAUAGAGACAAAAAGCAUUUUUAUUUACUUGUUCCGGAAAAUAUUUUAUCGUUUAAACGUCGUAGAAAAGUGAGAAUUCUAAUUUGUUUCAAUUCAAAGAAUAUAAAUUCUAUAGAUAGAAAUCUAGUAUUUUGGAAUGAAAAGAACGUAACAAACAGCAUCCAAGUUUCACAUGACAAUAUUAAUAGAGAGAAAAAUAAAUUAAUGAAAUUAAAGCUCUUUCUUUGGCCUAAUUAUCGAUUAGAAGAUUUAGCUUGUAUGAAUCGUUAUUGGUUUGAUACCAAUAAUGGCAGUCGUUUCAGUAUGUUAAGAAUACAUCUGUAUCCGUGA